AUGCACUCGAAAGAACUGAACUCAUGCACCCCAAAGCAAGGGUACAUGGCCAUUGAUUGGAUAGAACUGAACCAGGGUGCUAAGAGGACAAGCUCAACAGAUCCAAUUUCACAAAUCAUGAUGGUAGCCCUAGUGACAAUACUCUUGUGUCUAAUUGCUCUCAGUGAUGCUGCCGCUCUCCCCCAAGACUUCCAGACUUCCAAUAAAUGGACCACAACUGACGAUGGAACUUCAGUAACAAAACCAUUUUCCGAACCUGUAAAGUCUCUAUCUGAAGUUGGCGGAAAUCCAACUAAACCGACUGCUGAGGUAACUUCAGACAUUUCUACAGAAGAGGUUAAAAUCGGUGAAGAAGUUCUAUCUGCCAACGAGUCUUCUACUCAUUCGGCUGAAUCAUUUUCAGGUUCCAGUACUAGUGAGUUUACUCAAAAAAAUACUGAAAUUGAAAUCGCUACGGAGUCAACUGAAUCUCUUCCAACGCAGAUGGAAGGAGUUAGUGAAGUGCAUACUUCAGAGGCAAAAGCUGACGAGACUUCUGUUGUUACGGGGAAGCCGACAUUAUCCACUCCUGUAGCAACUGAGACCGUUGAAGACAAGAUAUCAACAGCGACAGAACCGUUUCCACAAGAUAUUAGAAAGACGUACGAAGCUUUGUUCGAUCGUCUGCUCGAGUACACAAGAACAUAUAACUUCGUGGACAAAGGCAUUCUAGCCCUAAUGAGAAAUCGUCUUAAUGAAAUCUUAAAGCUUUACAAUGGCGUUAAUCAGGACCUUGCCAAAGAAGGAUUUUUAGAUAAAUAA